AUGGCGCAGCACACAGUUAAACUGGACCAGGAAAAACUCUCAUGUUCAAUCUGUCUGGAUCUACUGAAGGAUCCAGUGACUAUUCACUGUGGACCCAGCUACUGUAUGAACUGUAUUAAAAGCCACUGGGAUGAAGAGGAUCUGAGACAAAUCUACAGCUGUCCUCAGUGCAGACAGACCUUAAUACCAAGACCUGUCCUGAUGAAAAACACUAUGUUAAUAGAUUUAGUGGAGGACCUGAAGAAGACUGGACUCCAAGCUGCUCUAGCUGAUCACUGCUAUGCUGGACCUGAAGAUGUGGCCUGUGAUGUCUGUACUGGGAGAAAACUGAAAGCUGUCAAGUCCUGUCUGCAGUGUCUGGUCUCUUACUGCGAACAACACCUCCAGCCUCACUAUGAAUCUCCUGCCUUUGAAAAACACAAGCUGGUCAACCCCUCCAAGAAGCUUCAGGAGAACAUCUGCUCUCAUCAUGAUGAGGUGAUGAAGAUUUUCUGUCGCACUGAUCAGCAAUUGAUCUGUUAUCUUUGCUCCAUGGAUGAACAUGAAGGAAACAACAAAGUCUCAGCUGCAGCAGAGAGGAAUGAGAAGCAGAGAGAGCUAAAGGCUAGUCAGCAAAAAGUCCAGCAGAGAAUCCAGGACAGAGAGAAAGAUGUGAAGAUGCUUCAGCAGGAGAUGGAGAAUAUUAAUAACUCUGCUGAUAAAGCAGUGAGGGACAGCGAGAAGAUCUUCAAUGAGCUGAUCCAUCUCAUUGAGAAAAGAAGCUCUGAUGUGAAGCAGCAGAUCAGAUCCAGGCAGAAAACUGAAGUGAGUCGAGUCAAAGAGCUUCAGGAGAAGCUCCAGCAGGAGAUCACUGAUCUGAAGAGGAAAGAUACUGAACUGAAACAGCUCUCCCUCACAAAGGAUCACAUCCAGUUUUUGCACAACUACCCCUCACUGUCACAACUCAGUGAAUCUACAGACUCACCCAGCAUCAAACCCUGUCCUCUGCAGUACUUUAACAGUGUGACUAUGGCUGUGUCAGAACUCAGAGAUAAACUACAGGACAUUUUUAGUGAAGAGCCCAAGACCAGAAAUGAGUUCUUACAAUACUCUCAUCAAGUCACACUGGAUCCAAACACAGCACACAUACGGCUGUUAUUGUCUGAAGGGAACAAGAAAGCAACAGUGAUGAGAGAAAAACAGUUAUAUCCUCAUCACUGUGACAGAUUCACUGAAAAACAGCAGGUCCUGAGUAGAGAGAGUCUGACUGGACGCUGUUAUUGGGAGGUAAAUAAGGUAAUUUAUGCAGCCAUAGCAGUCACAUACAAGGAUAUUAGUAGAACAGGAGGUGAAAGUAGGUUAGGAACAAAUGAUAGGUCUUGGACUUUAGAGUGUAGCGGUGAUAAAUAUGAAUUAAUUCAUAAUAAAGUCAGAACCUCCAUCUCAGGCUCUCCGUCCUCCAGAGUAGGAGUGUAUCUGGAUCACAGUGCAGGUAUUCUGUCCUUCUACAACGUCUCUGACACCAUGACUCUCCUCCACAGAGUCCAGACCACAUUCACUCAGCCUCUCUAUGCUGGAUUCAGUGUUUAUGUUUAUGAUUACUCACUUGAAGUAUGUGAGUUCAAAUAGACACUUAUUAU